UCGUCGGUUGACCUUGUCCACUACGAAUAUCAAGCUGAAUUCUCGUAUCGGUUCUGGUGCUGUUGUCCAUCCUCCAUGGGGCUCUCGCAGCGUUUUUGCGCCCUCGCAUUGAAACCAGAGUGGGCAUUCUCCAUGGUGCCGAGUGAUGGACGUCGCUUCUGCCAUGUCGGCACCGCUGAGAAGUCGUUGAAUGCAAGGUUCAAUAUUACGCGGUACGUGGAACCUGAGACCGCGGUCAAGAAUUCCAUCAAUUCCGGCGUCUUCAUGUUAUAGCAUUCGACUCCAUACCACUACUCACUCGUCCGUCUUUUGUGCACGGAGAUCUCGCAAGAGAUAGACUGCAUUGAGCAUGGCAGACUUUGCUGGCCUAUACGAUUCUAUCCCACCAGUCACAAGGACUCUACUGAUAUGUACAGCUCUCAUCACGGCACCAUGUCUUCUACAGGCGAUUUCUCCCGGCUUGGUCGCUCUGAGCUGGUAUAGAGUCCGCAAAUUUUAUGAGGUCUGGAGACCAUUCACUGCAUUCUUCUUUGGCGGAGGAGGAUUCCCGCUAAUCUACGAUGUGUUUCUGCUCUAUCGAAACUCGUCGACACUGGAAAAGGAUAUCUAUAAUAACAAUACCGCAUAUUACACAUGGAUGCAUCUCGUCAUUGGAUGCAUGAUUCUCCUUCUCAACAUCCUACUCUCCCACCCAUUCCUCUUCCGUCCAAUGCUGUACGCUCAGACGUAUCUUUGGUGUAGAUCUCAUGCCACAACAAAAGUGUCCAUCUUUGGUCUGAUCACCAUCCCAACGAGCUUGUAUCCGCCGUCGCUGCUGGUACUGGAUACCGUCACAGGUGGUCCCCAUAAGGCUCUGAAUGGACUCAUGGGCAUCAUCGCCGGUCACGCCUGGUGGUUUUGUUCGACCUAUCUCCCUGACCAUGCUCCAACGUCUGUGAGGCGCCCUAAUCCUCUCGCGAUGCCACUACGAUUCCAAGCCUUGUUCAGGUCUCGAACAAGGGCAUCCACUACGACAUACGGUGCGACUCGCUUGGGCUCAGGUGCCGGAACAAGACUAGGUUCCCAAGCUGCAUCCACGUCGAAUACUACGGCAAGAGACAAUGAGAAUGUGGUCGAGGCCAUGAGACAUCGAUGGGGCAGUGGCCAACGGCUAGGCGGAUCUUCGCUAUAAUAAUGCAUAGAAAAAUCUGAUUC